GGCUCUCAUAGGUGUAGCUGGUAGGAUUCAAACACAAAAUAUAUACAUACAUACACACACACAUAUAUAUGUAUAUAUUUCUUUUCUUCUUGUAUGUUGGUUUUAAAUGAUUUUCGCUAAAUUUCUGACGUGUUGGUAUUGCAGUUCUGUUAGCGUGGUUCGUGAUUCUCAGCCUGGGUUGUUUCUGUAAAGCGUCCAAAAGAGAAAGUGAAGGGUUGUCCGAAAUGAAUUUUAUCCACAUUGAGAAUAUUUUGAGGAACAUGGAAAGAGAAAAGCCAAUCAGGUUCACUGGUGAGCUGCUAAGGAUUGCAACAGAUAACUACUCUACAUCAUUAGGGUCAGGAGGUUUUGGAGAAGUUUACAAAGGAAAUUUAAGUGAUGGAACAACAGUGGCUGUGAAGGUUCUACGUGCAAAUUCUGACAAGAGAAUCAAGGAACAGUUUAUGGCAGAAGUGGGUACAAUUGGAAAAGUUCAUCAUUUCAACCUUGUCAAGUUGUAUGGAUUUUGCUUUGAGAAAGACCUGACAGCACUGGUUUAUGAGUACAUGAGUAAUGGAUCUCUUGACAAGUAUCUGUUUCACGAAAACAAGACUCUGGGAUACGAAAAGCUUCAUGAGAUUGCAGCUGGGACAGCGAGAGGCAUUGCAUACUUGCAUGAAGAUUGUGAACAAAGAAUAGUCCACUAUGAUAUCAAACCAGGAAAUAUUCUUUUGGACAAGAACUUCAAUCCCAAAGUUGCUGAUUUUGGAUUGGCUAAACUCUGCAACAGGGACAAUACUCAUAUAACUAUGACAGGAGGAAGGGGCACUCCUGGUUAUGCUGCACCUGAACUUUGGAUGCCAUUUCCUGUGACUCACAAGUGUGAUGUUUAUAGCUUUGGAAUGCUGUUGUUUGAAAUCAUAGGGAGGAGAAGAAACCUUGACAUUAACCUUCCGCAAAGCGAAGAGUGGUUUCCAGUGUGGGCUUGGAAGAGAUAUGAUGCUGGAGAAUUGGAAGUGUUAAUGAAUGCUUGUAAGAUUGAGGAGAGGCAUAAGAAGAUGGCAGAAAGAAUGGUGAAGGUAGCUUUGUUUUGUGUUCAGUAUAGGCCAGAAACAAGGCCAAUUAUGAGUGAUGUGGUGAAAAUGUUGGAAGGUUCAGUUGAAAUUUCUCAACCAUCUAACCCGUUUCAGCACAUAAUAGAAGGAACUUUUCAGGGUUCUUCUGAUCAUGCAUCCCGAACUGAUGUAAAUACAAGUAUCAAUUCUAGUUCUUCUUUUAUGGUAACCGAACCAAGCAUUGUAUAUGACAUUCCUCCGAUGAGGAAUGAUAUUGAAUUGGUCUCUACCAUUGCUGGUUAA